CUGGGGGGGAAUUACUCAGGGAAAAGCCCAGUUUCCCAUAGAGAGAUAGUCUCCAAUAUUCCAUGGACAUGUGGAGUGAAGCGGACAUUGCUCUUAUAUCGACAGGUGGUGGGAGAGUACGGGAUGGCCCAUUUCAGUGAUGAGAGCAAAAGCAAAGAGAAGGAUUACUGCAUAUUUUUCAACUCGCAGUGGGCACAUCUACCUCAGGAUCUCAAUAAAGCCUCACGUCUUCAGAUUUAUGACUUGACAACGUCAGUCCUGUGCUCGUCCUCUGAGGUCCCGGAGGGAGGCUUCCCAAAUCGCAUCGCCAUGGUGAUGAGGGGAAACUGUACUUUCUAUGAAAAGGUUCGCCUGGCCCAAAUAAAUGGUGCCAAGGGCCUGCUUAUUGUCAGCAAGGACAGACUGACUCCACCAGCAGGGAACAGGACUCAGUACGAGGAGAUUGAUAUUCCUGUUGCACUGAUGAGUUAUUCUGACAUGUUGGACAUAAGUAAGACCUUUGGAAAAGGCCAGCUGGUUGCCAUGUAUGCUCCUAAUGAGCCGGUGUUGGACUACAACAUGGUGAUUAUCUUCCUGAUGGCUGUGGGAACAGUGGCCAUCGGGGGCUACUGGGCUGGCAGCAGAGACAGCAAGAAACGCUACAUGAAGCACAAGCGGGACGACAGCACGGAGAAGCAGGACGAUGAGACGGUGGACGUCACUCCCAUAAUGAUCUGUGUGUUCGUGGUCAUGUGCUGCAACAUGCUGGUGCUUCUCUACUUCUACUACGACGACCUGGGUGCGUCACACACGAUCCCGGAGAACAACCUGCCGUACCUGCACAAGCGGCCGCAGAUCCGCAUGCUGCUGCUGUCGGCCUUCUGCAUCAGCGUCAGCCUCACCUGGAUGGUGUUCCGCAACGAGGACCAGUGGGCGUGGGUGUUGCAGGACGCCCUGGGGAUCGCCUUCUGUCUCUACAUGCUCAAAACGGUCAGACUGCCCACGUUCAAGGCCUGCACUUUACUUCUGACAGUUCUGUUUGUCUAUGAUGUUUUCUUCGUAUUUAUUACACCCUUCUUCACAAAGAAUAGGGAAAGUAUAAUGGUGGAGGUAGCGGCUGGUCCCUCCGACUCCGCCACGCAUGAAAAGCUUCCCAUGGUGCUGAAAGUGCCCAGGUUAAACUUCUCCCCUCUGGCUCUUUGUGACCGACCCUUCUCCCUCCUGGGCUUUGGAGAUAUUCUAGUACCAGGCCUGCUGGUGGCAUACUGUUACAGAUUUGACAUUUUAACACAAUCCUCCAGGAUCUACUUUGUGGCCUGUACAAUCGCGUACGGCGUGGGCCUGCUCAUCACCUUCGUGGCGCUGGCCGUGAUGCAGAUGGGCCAGCCGGCCCUGCUCUACCUGGUGCCUUGCACUCUGCUCACCAGCCUCUCUGUCGCGCUGUGGCGCAGGGAGCUGCCCCAGUUCUGGACUGGAAGUGGAUUUGUGCCUCCCAUAGCGCUCGCCCCAAUCAACUGCACGCAAAGCGCAGAGCUGCAGGCAGAGGGGCCCUCAGCUAAACUGGAGCCACAGACCACAGAGGCCAAUCAGAGCGAGGACUCUCCCGAGCAGCCGCCUCAGGAAACGCCCACGGCGGCGGACAUCGAGGAGAAAAACAAGUCAAACUGA